AUGGCAUUAAUUACACAAUUCGACGAUUUACCGGAUCUAUUCUUUAUUGAUCUAUUUAAUUAUUUAUCUUCAAUCGAUAUUCUUUGGGCAUUUAUCAAUUUAAAUAAUCGUAUUCAAACAAUAAUCAAUGAACGAGGUUUCUUUCGUCACAUCAAUUUAUCAUCAUCACGUCUGUCAAAAUUCGAUACACUUCUUCCUAUACUUCCAUUGAAUCAAAUUGAAACACUCAUCAUUGACAUAGAAGCAUCGCCUCUUCAACUUUCUCGCUGGCCUUAUUUGCCUCAUUUGACUACAUUACGAUUAUAUGGUUUACGUGAUUUUAUAGAUGCUACCAAUUUUAUCCUUCGUCACUCAACUUCACUCAUACAUCUCACAUUGGAAACAAACGAUUUAUUUAUGUCGAUGGGCUUUACGGGUUAUAUUUCGCACCCUAGAGGACGUCUUUCAACACUUAUGAAAAAUGUUUUGCCACAUUUGAGUGCACUUCGUUCGCUCGAUUUGGGUCAAGAUAUUGGACUCGGCCUCACGAACUGGUACAUUACUACAAUACAAAGCCCUCUCAAUUAUCUUCGUGUAUCGAUGAACGACAUACCGCAUUUAUGUCAUGUUAUAUCAAGAGAGACACUUUCAACUACGUUAGAACAAUUGCAUGUAACAAUGCGUAAUGCACAUGUGGGAAGGGAAAAUAGUUUACCUAAUGGAUUGGUACUGUCUAAAAUGAUCAAUUUGCAUACAUUCACUUUGGUUCAAUCGAUAUUUUCCUAUGAUAGAAUUGAAUGGUCAACUAUUGAAUCACUCACAGCUCCAAAUGUAAUGCCCGUACUUCGACGAAUGAAUUUGGCUAUUUUCAUUACUGUCGGUCAUUUAAAUUGUAUCAAUAGAUCGUCACUUUUCAUUGAUGAUCGUCGAAUAGAUGUUCAAUUCGCUUUCAUUAUAGAUGAUACUUCUCUAGGUAUUCAACUAAGUCAUCAUGUACUACAUGGUAGUCGUGUUUAUCCACGACAAAUAUUCAAUAGUUAUCCAUCGACUUACGAUGUUUGGUAUACUUUACCAUGGGCAUUUGAACAAUUCUUCGAGGUGGUUGAACCAAUUCAAUAUAUAACUAAAGUAGAAGUAUUUGCUCUACCUUCAUCGUACUCAUCCAUUAUUAGUUUAUCUCGACUUCGUACACUUAGUAUAUCACAAAAUGACUCAUUACCAUCGAUUAUUUCAAUGCCUCAUGUUGUGCAAUUAGAUCAUAUUAACACAGUUCAUUUAUCAUUUCAUGAUUGGCCAACUGGUUUAAAUCUUCUUGCUCUUCGUCAUGUUACAUUAACAAAUAAUCUCAUUGCAUUGAAAAACUUCUCUUCAUUUCCACCUAAUAUUCGUUCUAUUCAAAUUCUACUUCAUGCUAAUAAGCCGAAUUUCGACUCAAGCAAUUGA